GCCAAACCCAACCUGGAAACAAAAACCUUUGAACAACAAUAUUCGGGACCGUACAGAUAACAGCGUGGAGAAAAGUCAACUGCUCUUAACGGCCUCAACCGAACAGGUUAACCGCCGCCACCGCAUCUGAUCUGUAUCUCGGAUCUAAUUUGUACUCUCUUACUUUAAUUCCCUCGAGGGUCCUCUCUCUCUCUCCGUCUCGUUCUGAUUUCCCCUAAAGAUCCGUUUGGAGUCGGAUCCAAUUCCACCACCCGAAGAUGGACGGUGGUCCGACUACGAGCGGUAGCGGAGUUGGUGGUCCAGCGCCGUUUCUGAUAAAGACGUACGACAUGGUGGACGACUCGGAGACCGACGAGAUCGUGUCGUGGAGCUCCCACAAGGCCAGCUUCGUGGUCUGGAACCCGCCCGAGUUCUCCCGCCUCCUCCUCCCCACCUUUUUCAAGCACAACAACUUCUCCAGCUUCAUCCGCCAGCUUAAUACCUACGGAUUUCGAAAGAUUGAUCCUGAGAGAUGGGAGUUUGCCAAUGAAGAUUUUGUGAAAGAUGAGAAACAUCGUCUUAAAAAUAUCCACCGCAGAAAACCUAUUCACAGCCACAGUAAUUCUCAAGGUUCUGUGGUGCAUCCAGAAAGAGCAGCUCUUAAUGACGAGAUAGAGAGGCUUAUGCGUGAGAGAGCUACACUUGAGGCAAAUGUUUUAAGGUCAAAACAACAUCGAUCAGCUGCAAAGUUUCAUUAUGAAGACCUAAAACAACUCAUGGAUAACAUGGAGCGGAGGCAGGAGAAGUUGCUGGCCUCCUUGGACAAGGCUCUUCAGAACCCUUCUUUUGUGGAAAUUCUUGUUCAGAAAAUUGAAUCUAUGGGUUUCUCAGCAUAUAAUAAGAAAAGACGACUGCCACAGGUUGAUCACUCACAGCCAGUUGUAGUGAACAGUUUUGUGGAUAACCAUAGCAGUUCUAGAUCUGGGUUUGGGAAUGAUUCUCAUCAAUUUUCAAAUAAAGUAAGAUUAGAGUUAUCACCAGCUGUUUCAGACAUUAACUUGGUUUCACAUAGUGCACAGAGUUCCUAUGAAGAUGGAGCAUGUCUGCAGAGAAAAGCAUCCAAUGAAGAACCAAAAGGUGGGCAGACCAGAACUGAAGGAUUUGUCUUUCCACGUGAAUUAUUAGAACUCUCAGAUGCAGGAACGUCUUUUACUCUAAAAAUGAAUUCCAGUUUGUCUCAAAGGGUGCCAACCAACGAAGCCCCGAGGCCACAACACUUGCAGCCAAGUUUGGACUCUAAUGAAGAAGGCGAUAGUCAUAUUUCCUUCCAUUUAAAUUUGACCCUGGCAUCUUCUCCAUUGCAAGUCAACAAAAGUCCUUAUUCAGAAAGGAUGCCCCAACUAAUACAGGAAAUUGGAAAGUCCCGAGAUUCAAAGUCUAAGACCAAUGGUGAAGAAUCUGAUACGACAACUACUCCUAUGAGAAAAUAUCAAGCUGACGACACAGAUUUAUCUUCCUCUCAAAGGGUACCAAUUAACGAUCAAGCGCCUGCAGUGGCUUCUGUUAGAAUAAAUGACGUCUUUUGGGAACAGUUCCUAACUGAAAGACCAGAAUGUUUGGACAAUGAAGAGGCAAGUUCUACAUAUAGAUCAAAUCCAUAUGAUGAGCAAGAAGGGGGAAGUUCAGGCCUUGGAAUGUCCGGAAAGACCAAGAACACAGAGCAGCUAACUCUUUGACCUCAAUUUUAUUAUGAACACAAUGACAACUUACAGAAGGCUACUCCAGUUCUUCCCAUGCCUUUGGUAGGUUAAUUCGUACAAAACAUGCCGUGAAACUGUCUGUUAUUGGUUUGAAAAGUUCUUGCCAAGAUGCCAGUGGUCCUUGGUUGCUGCUGGCUAUUAGUAGAGGUAGUGUCAUUGUCUCGGAAAGAAUGCAUUAACAGUGUGGCAUUCAUGUGUAAUGUGAAACCAAGCAUCUGGUUGUAUUAACAGUGUGGCAUUCAUAUGUGGAGAAAAUCAGGCCGAUCCAUUUUGCUGAAGAA